AUGUCCGUCGCGGAGAUCCGCAUGUCCGUCCGGGUGCGGCCGACGCCCCCGGGCGACCCGCGAGCGGUGAACCUCGACCCCCGAACGGGCGCGCUCGCGCUCACCACCGGCGAAAUCUUCGACUAUCCCUCGUCCGUCGUGGUGGGGUCGGACCAGGACGUGGCGUACGACGCGCUAUGCGCGCCGCUGGUCAGGCACCAGGGUUUAGGGUUUAGGGUUUAG